AGUCUUGCACAGGUGCACCGGCUCCUCUCCUUCAGUCUUGCACAGGUGUACCGGCUCCUCUCCUUCAGUCUUGCACAGGUGUACCGGCUCCUCCCCUUCAGUCUUGCACAGGUGUACCGGCUCCUCCCCUUCAGUCUUGCACAGGUGUACCGGCUCCUCCCCUUCAGUCUUGCACAGGUGUACCGGCUCCUCCCCUUCAGUCUUGCACAGGUCCACCGGCUCCUCUCCUGGACCGAAACCGCUUCCUCUAAAGUCACUGCACACCUGGAGCUUCUCACAAUGACGUCCAGCAUCAUCUAACGCUUCCCCCCCCCCCCCAGCCUGGCCAUUCCUGGCCCCCUCCUCUUUCAUUUAUUAGGCUUCGGUUCUUUCAAUCAUGAAUCAUGGAGGCCCACCAUCACAAGGCUGGUCUAGGGCCACCCACUCCUUCGGACUGACAC